AUGAUAAAUAGUAAUGAAGUUUCUCCUGUUAAAAUGUCCUAAGAGUAGAAGCAGGAUAUUAUGAGAUCGAUUUUGAAAGAAGAAUCAAUGAUAAAUAUCACCUUAAAACCAAUUGAAUAGGAGGUGUUCUUGACUGAGGAUCCAUAAGUAGCACUGAUUAAAUUGAAAUGUUUCUAAGAACUGAUCAACAAAGAGAGAUUAGCGUAUGCAGAACAUCUAGCAGAGGUCUUUGAAAUGAUUGGAGAUGAUGCAUAUAGAAAUCUAGGAUUUAUUCUUAAGCAAUUCGUUCAAGAUUCCUAUUCAAUCUAAUUGUCUAUUAUUCGAUAGUUGCCUCUACUUGUAGAACAAAUUAAGAAACGAUAAUCUGGAUAUGCGGAAUUGAAAGAUCAUGUUCUGCCAUUUAUGAAUAUAUUCAUCAUGCACGAAGACUUUGAUGUAAACAUAUCCCAUCAGACUUAGAUUAAAAAAGAAGUUCUGACCCAACUAAUUAAGAUAGCACCCUUUUUAAUCGAAUAAGAUAAAGUUGAUACCAUCUUAGCACACUUAAUUGAGAUGGCUCACGAUGAAAAAAAUAACUAAAAUCGUAUGUUGGCAGCUACAACCUUUGGUUAAACGGCCUCUCUCUUUUCUAUGAAAUAUUGUGAGUCUUAUAUUUGCGGAGAACUCUUAGCUCUUGGUAUAGAUUUAAAUGAAUUUGUAAGAGAAAAAGCUAUAGAAUAAUUACCAAAUUUAUCAGUAUGUCUCUCUGAAAAAUGCAUAGAACUCAAAAUUAUACCAUCUUGUGAAGACAGACUCUUGUAAAUUAAAUUUGCUUGCAUCAGAUCUAUUUCAGGUAUUUCAAAAUACGCCAGACAUAACUUAAAGACUACAAAAUUAAUACCAAAAUAUUUGGACUUUAUUUCUGAUUAAAAUAAAGAAGUCAGAAAGACUGCAUAUGAAUAUUUAGGUGAGUUCAUCAGUACGAUUAAAUUUACUGACAAGGAUUAGCAAUAACUUGAAACCUUAUUGGCAUACUACUAAAAUCAAUUGGAUAAGAACAUGAACAUGAUGGGUGUUGAUCUUGUUUAUAAAUGUGCUUACUAUUUUCCAGGAGUGCUAUAAGCAAUUGGCCGAGCUCGUUGGCUCAAGAUUCAGCCUUUGUAUGGAUUUCUCCUGAAAUACCCUUCAGAUAAAGUUAGAAUUUCCUUAUCUCAGAGUUUUCAUGAAGUGGCUAAAUUGUUGGGUCCCGACUUGUCCAAAGAAUAUUUGAUCACUGUUCUAGAAACAUUAGCAUAAGAUAAAUUGUAAGAAGUCAGAAAUGGCAUAGUAGUAAAUCUGUCUAAAUUUAUAUCUAUCUUUCCUAUUGAAGAAAGAGACUAUGUCAUUGAAUCUAUUUACUAAACUUUUUAAGAAAGACUAACAUAAAUGGCGAACUCGCCAGACUAUUUGUGUUUUAAUAAUGAUACCAUCUUUUUUUAAAUUGCCCCAAUUCUAUUUAAGUUUUGCUCAGAUACAGUUGCUAAAGUAAGAAGGAAGGCUUCUAAAAAUGUUGUUCAUUUGGUUGAGACAUUUGAAGAGGAAGGAGAAUAAAGAACUGUUAUUCUUGAAUAAAUUAGAGCAUUCUCACAUUCUAAGAAGUUCAAUCAAAGACAAUCUUAUUGUUGGAUGUGCUAUAAAUUAUUUUAUAGACCAGAUUUUGAAGAUCUAUUUUUUGAAAGACUCUUUGAAUUAUGCAGAGAUCCUGUAUAAUGUGUAAGAUUAUCAGCUAUUACAGUUAUUGAUAAAUUCAUAUAAAAAGAAAGUUUCUCAAAAGAACGCAAAUAUUUAAAAUAUCUAUUGGUUCAAUUUAUUGAUGAUCAAUGCAAAGAAGUUUAAUAAAUUCUAACUAAAUAUAAUUUUGUCAUCUAAAAAACCAAAAAAAAGACUCUCUCCUGUAGAUCACGCAAUAGCGGAUCUUCAAAUGGUCAUUUGGAAGACAUUCCAGAAUUUGAUGAGAAAAUUGAACAGAUUCGUAAGACAUCUGGUAAAGUUUGA